ACAGCCUCAGGAAAAUCUACUGCGCUUUCGUGAGCUGUCAAACAACAACGCUGCAUCGACCGCGACCAGAGAGACGGACCAAGUUCGAGUCCGAGCCGAACCGAGCCGAGCCGAGCCUGUACCUCGAAAAUAACAAGGACCUCAACCAUGUCCGCUGCUUUCCUCGCCAGCCUCCUCCUCUGCUGCCUCCAGUCCAGCCCCGUCGGAGCAGAGGUGGCAGCUCCACAGAAUGUGACCAUGGUGACAUUAAACACCAAUUACACACUGAGCUGGGACUGGGACCAGAGCGCCGGGGGUCACGCCGUCACCUUCACCACAGAAUACGUGGCGAAGUUCAAGCUGAGCUCCAAAAAGAGGGAUCCAAAGUGGUCAGUUGUAUGCGACAAGACAUCACACCGGUCAUGUGACCUUACCCAGUGUAACCUGAACUACCUAGGAAUCUACGUGCUUCAUGUCCGCGCCAACGUGAACGGGAGUCACUCUGCGUGGGUGCACAUAGAAUUCUGUCCGGAUAAAAAUGCUGCAUUGGGCCCUCCAAGCAAAGUGAACCUUACUCUUGCUGGAAGUUCUCUGGAUGUUUCAAUCCAGGACCCUUUGACCAGCAAAAACAUCUCCAUGAAGGAGAGGAUUCCCCAGCUGUACUACCACUACGUCUACUGGGAAGGCACUGCACACACACGGGCCUCAGGAGUCCAGACGUUGAUCACCAGUGGCAACUUUGUGACUUUGCCAGACCUGAAGUCCUGGACUUCGUACUGUGUGAGCGUCCAGUCUCGCUAUGACUUCUUCAACAAGAGCAGCAGCUUUACCUCGCCGAUCUGCAUGCAGACCGCAGGUGUUAUUCCAUGGUGGGUGAUCUUUCUGUCCUUCCUGGGCUCUCUGAUUUUCUUCUUCACCAUCGUGCUGCUCGCAAUCUUUGGCUUCAUGAAGAUCUACAAGACCAUCAAGACGGUGUUUUAUCCCUCCAUCCAGCUGCCCCCACACCUCAAGGACUAUCUUUGUGACUCUCCUGCGUCUGACGUCCCUCGCCUGCUCGCCUCCCCCGAUUCAGAAUCAGAGCACUUGUGUGAUAAGGUGAUCAUCUGUCCAAUGCCGGUCCUGGAAAUCCACUACCCGCCCCCUGAGGCCCUGGCGGCGCCCCCAUCGGGCCUGCAGCCAGACAGCAGCGGCAGACACAGCCGCCAUGGCAGCAGUGGCAGCGGAGACUCAGGAGUUUACUCCACGGGUGGCAGCUCCGGCCUGCGGCAGCCCAACAGCAAUCAGUCCGGUCAGUCCAAUCAGUCCAUGUUGGGGGCCGAAACCUCCUGGCAGGGCCCCUUUGACUCGGAGCAGGUGAAGAUGCGGAACAUGACUCCGGGGCUGAAGAAUCAACCUCUGAUCACUGACGAGGGCAUUGUAGACAUGUGCGUCUGAAGGCACGCACGCACGCACACCAAAAGACAUUUGUUUGUUUGGGAAGAGCAUGAAGUGAGGAUAUUGAGGAAGGCGAGGAGGAGGAGGAGGAGGAGGAGGUUUGAGGAAAAUGUGCAGCGUGCCUUUUGUCCAGCUGUCACUGUGAAACAAGGAGAGGAAAGUGUAAAAACGACUACUAGAAAACACAAGAUGAUUGACACAGACUCACUGUGGUGUCACUGUGUUUCCAAGGGUGUGGUCACGCUAAAGACUGCACUGUUUAUUUUUUUCCCACAUACACACUCAUGUAACCUACUUUCUGGUGCCAUGCAGGAAGUUCUGUCAGUGCUAAACUGACUGAAUGUGGCUGAGAGUAGCAGUCUUUAUUAAUAAUGCUUUGAAGUAUCUGUUUUACUGUCCUAUUGCUUUAAUGAGUUAACAUAAAAAGUUUAAAGGUGCUAAUCAGGAAAUGUUAAAUAAAGAUAAGUUACUGAUGUGACUGCUCUAACAGCACUGUUCUAGUUGUAGAGAAGUGGGGAAAUGCACCGAGCUGUCAAUCAGGAUGUAAAACCCUUUUUAUUGCAUCAGGUAACUCUAUAAAAUCCAACUUAAAAGAAAAGUGAACAUAAGAACAUUUAUCAGCAGAACUACCUAAAAAAAAAUACUUGGUCGAUGGACAGUGCAGCAGCAAAUCCUCCUUUGUGAUGGUUGUGUUCAGUUUUUAUUUAAUUUGAGGUGUUGACUCAACUGUUCCUAGUGUCUUACUGAUGGUUGUAUUUUAUUUAGCCUCAUUGAUGCAAAUGGGGUGGUAAAAAAUAAUGAAAAUAAAAACAGCUGCAGGAUAACGCGGGACGAUUCGGCAGCACUGCAGGCGGUGCCUGUCAUUGAGGGGUGAGACCUACUGACAUAGUGAGUUUUAACAUUAUCGUGGUGUUUAACAUUUUGCUGAAACGUCUGUGUGUUGAUUAGAAAAACUUUAAACAGGUUUGACCUGAAAUCUGUUGAUAUCCCAACAAUCCAUCCAAUAGCACUUCGUAUGAAACUAUUUCUGUGUUGUGUCUCUGUGUGUAAAACGAGAGAAAGAAAUGAGUAUAGUUUUUCUCUCAUCCAAUCAGCAAAGUGAUUCAGCAUGAUUUUAUGAAACCUACCAGGAGGCACUAUUAUGAAAGCAAAGUUUAGUUCUUCUGUGCAUAUGAUAAUGUGUGUGUGUGUGUGUGUCUCUCUGAGAGCAGCUUUUGAUUUUAAUCUGAGCAUUUAGAGUACAAUUUUGUUUCUACCAUUUAUGAUUCUUAUAGAAUCUUGGCGCCAUAUUAUAUUUAGUUUGUUCUUAUGACACAUUUUAUUUGUAUCAAAGACAUUUUCCUAUUUUUUUUUUAAUCAAAGCUUUAUUCCUUCCACCUGUAUUCAUCUUUCAUGUUUCAAACUUGGUUGAAUUUACACACUUAUGAUUCCUGUUACGUUUUACCUCACAUGCUUAUCUAGAUCAUUUUCUCUGUGAAUUCAACAAUGGCUGAAAGAAGAAAGCUUCUUUUGUGAAUAGGUAGAGCGGGUAGAGGGUCGUCUCUGCUCUCUGCUGAUUUUAUUAAACAACUUUCAUCGCUUCCAUCUGCUUUAUUACAACAAAUACAGAUUGCCUUUUCCUGAAUCUGCAGAGCUAGUAUGUAUGGGUGACAUUUUGAGGCAGCAAGAAAAUACAUAAAAAA